AUGCAACUUUAUCUAAAGUUGGUGCUUUUCUUAGCACCGUUUGUUGCGUGGUUUUUGGUCCUGGACUUUUUCCUGACACGAUAUGCAAGCCGAAUCAAUGUGGACGUGUUGAAUUCAAAGGCCCGUCUCGAUUCAUCUGAAAAAGUCCCGGCCCCACCGAAAUGGGGGGUCGUGUCUCCCAAGUAUAUUGUGACUGGCGGUGCAGGGUUUGUGGGCUCGUGGAUUUCCCGGUUUCUUUUAUUUCGUGGUAUUAACCCAGCCGACAUUACCAUAUUAGAUAAUAAUCCGCGUGCACCUCCAGACCUGAUCAAGUACGGGGUCAAGUACAUUAAUGUUGAUUUGACUGACGAUGAAGCUUUGAUCAAAGAGCUGGACGGAAUCGUGGGAGAUAAGGGCGGCGUAAAUCUUGUUGUAUACCAUGCGGCCGCCAUACAACGUCACUACAUUGGAUACCGGUUUUAUGAUCGCGCUCCGGCUAAGCAAAACGUGAACAUGGCUCAGAGUCUGGUGGAGGCAGUGAACCACAUUGCAGCACGGUUGGAACCUGAAGCUGCAAAUAAUACCAUUACUGUGAUUAACAUUGGCGAUGCGCAAAGUGAUUACGAGGCACCCAGGUGGUGGCAGGUGUGGGACUUUAACAACUGGGUGGAUACGUAUAAGCGGGGGAAAGUUCCUGCUAGUUCGCGUAAAUAUCUUUCGUCGUAUGCUCAAUCCAAAGCAGAGGCGGAAGCAAUUUUGUUGUCUGAAAAGAGUUUUGCCAGUAGCAAUAAGGCAACAUGCGUGAAAGUGGUGUCACUACGGGUACAAGGGAUAGUGACAGGAUACUAUGGUGAGCCCAUUUUGUCUCCAGCAAUGUACUAUGGUGGUAUCAUUGACCACCAAUGGAGUAUACCGACGUGUUUUAUUCAUGUUGAAGAUGUUUGCCGAGCAGCUUUAUUAGCAGAAAACGCAUUGGCUAAAGAGGUCUGCGGAGAAGUUUCGGAAGACACGGUAGUUUCAUGGCACAGUUUUGUUGUUUCGAAUGGGCAGACUGUUCGGUUUGGGGAUGCAAUGAAGUCACUAGUGGAAUCAGAUACUUUACGCGACAUUCGCAUCAAUCCUGGGUUAGUACUAGCGACAAGUUUUAUUGUGAACCUAUUAUUGCAUAUUUACCCAGGUCCACAGAAAAAGUGGCGCUCGCGCGACACGUCAGUGUUCUCUGGUCGAUGGUGGGUGCUAACACCUGAGCGCUUUGCAACUGUGCAAACGGCCCAAAUUCCAGUUGCUUCGGAAAUUGCACGUACGCGGAGAGCACUGGGUUUUCUGGCGGUGCAUGGUGCAUUGGCGGCUUUACAGGAUCAGGCUGCGGAUUUUGGGAAGCACAAGGACUUGAUUCGAAAGUCUGCAGUGGCAGCGCAGGAACAGGAAGGUGCGUAA